AUGGGCGCCAACCAAGCCAAAGUAACCGACGAGAUGGGCGCCAUGAAUGCAGCUGUUGCUCAGGCGCUCAGAUCUGCCAAUCGUGCCGAAGCUGCUUCCGGACAGGACGGUCUUGGGCUUGGCUAUACUGGUGGAAUUUCAAACUCUGGCGACGCCAGUGACGACCUGAUUAUGAUGCAACAUUCUUUCCGCAUAGUCAAUGUUCAUUUUCCCAGUUUUGUCGAUGAUGUGAAACGCGUCGCUGUACUUCGGCGAGAGGCUGGAGCAAUUCAGGCUGAUGCCACCACUGCCGCCGCCAUUGUUUCGACAGAUGAGACGUCAAAGAAAGUCGACGAAGAGGUGGACACAGAGGCGACGAUGAUACGCGAAAAGGCCGAGGCUUCAACGCAAAAUCUACUUUCGGCUGCUCGGCAUGUGGCAGACACCUUCACGGAGCUCCUGAAUUCCGCAAAACCUUUGGCUACUGGGCUGGUGAGUCAUUUUCAUUAG